AUGACGUCAAGCUCCGAUGAGGGUGAAAUUGUUGAGCAGAGAGCUGGAGAUUUGAAGGCAACUUCACUGUCGCACGCAGAGAGAAACGGUGUUGACCGUCAGGAUAGACAGCGGAAUAGACAUUCCUCGCCCGACUUCGAUACGACUUCCAGACACAGCAACUCGUCACGACGAAGCCGCUCGCCACCGCGAGGGUACAAGCGGUCGCGCGAUGACAGGGAUCAGUUCCCUCCUGCCAGAGCCCGAGAUCAAGAUCCUCGCCAUGAUCGCGGCGCAUACGACGACUAUAGGAGGGAUGGCCCCAAAAGAUCGCGCGUCGCAUAUGACGAUCUCGACCGCCCUGCGGCACGCAAUUCGAACCAAGGCUACGACUGGCGCAGUCGUAGGGACCGAGAGCGCGAUCGGAGUCGCGACCGGGAUCGAUACCACCGCGGCCGAGACCGAUAUUCUGAACGUCCGUCGCCUCGCCCUCGAAGCCCUUCCCCUCGCCAAUACCGUCGGGGAGACAAACGAGCUGGUGAUCGAUUCGUCCGAGAAGGCUACUCUGACCGGCACGACUCACGGGAAUUGCGGUACGAUGACGCCGACGUCGGCGCUCGAGGCAACAAUUAUGCAGCUAGGAAAGCCUCCGUAGGAGAUUCAAACCAGGCACUGAAAGGUCAUGCUAAAUCUGACAAGGACACUACUGAAAACGGUGAUUCUGCUGGUGCAGCUACUUCGAAGGAUGUUCCAAUGAUGGAUGACUACGAAGAGCCUCAAGAAUUUGACGAGGAAGCAGAGAUCGAACGCCGCCGCAAGAGGCGCGAGGAGCUCAUGGCAAAAUCCAGCUCCGCAACGCCUCUCCUCCUUCACGCUGUCGGGGCUGCCACUUCCAAAGCUCAAGCAUUAUCGCCUGCCUCUUUUCAAUCCGACACGCCGCAAAUGUCUCAGCGGUCAGAUAGCAAACCGCCCCAGUCUCCGCGUUCAAACUUUGCCUCACCCGGAUCGCCCCUAUCGCACGACGUGCCGUCUCCCGGAGCAAUGGAUGUCUUUGAUGGCAAAGAUCUCGUAAACUCACACGCGGCAGCCAAAGCCAACGACGAAGACGGCCCUUCUGCUGCCGACUACGACCCUACUGUAGACAUGAUGGAAGAUGGACGUAGAGAUGAACUGCGUCACGGUCAAGUAGUCAUCCACGGCGAACCUGAGCCUGCGGCGGCGAUUGAGCAGAACCCUGCCAAAGAAGCGCCUAGUGCGCCGCCACCGAAGCCACCUGCAGGCGAAGGAGACGAGGAUGAUGACUUUGACAUGUUUGCAGAAGAUUUCGAUGAGGAAAAGUACGCAAGCAAGGCCCAGGUCACUGAAACGGUAGCACCCGACGAAGCAACAGAUGCGGCGGAAGCAGUCGAUAAGGGAGGCAUUCUCGAAGGCGAUGACAAGGACGGUUAUUACAAGAUCCGUAUUGGUGAAGUUCUCAACGGUCGUUAUCAGGUCCAGGCCACGCUUGGCAGGGGUAUGUUCUCAGGAGUCGCACGCGCCGUUGACAUCACUACCAAGCAGCUUGUCGCCAUCAAGAUGAUGCGAAACAACGAUGCCCUUCGCAAGGGAGGCUAUACAGAAAUCGCCAUUCUCCAGAAACUCAACGACGCUGACCCCGAAAACAAACGGCACAUUGUCAAGUUUGAGCGAUCCUUUGACCACCGAGGCCAUCUUUGCAUGGCCUUUGAGAAUCUGAGCAUGAAUUUGCGCGAAGUCUUGCGUAAGUUUGGCAACAACGUAGGCAUCAACUUGAAAGCGACAAAAGCAUAUGCGUACCAGUGCUUUGUCGCGCUGGCUCACAUGCGCAAAUGUAGCAUCAUCCACGCUGAUUUGAAGCCUGACAAUAUCUUGGUCAACGAGACUCGAAGUAUCCUCAAGAUAUGCGAUCUGGGAACGGCAAUCGACCGUUCUGAUGCUGCAACCGCCCAUACGGAAAUCACUCCCUACCUUGUGAGCCGCUUCUACAGAGCCCCCGAGAUCAUUCUAGGCAUGCCGUAUGACUACGGUGUCGACAUGUGGUCUAUAGGCUGCACCUUGUACGAACUCUACACGGGCAAGAUUCUCUUCACUGGAGACAGCAAUAACCAGAUGCUCAAAACUAUCAUGGAGAUUCGUGGUCGAAUUACGCCAAAACUGUAUAAACGAGGUCAGCUAUCGGCUGCCCACUUUGACGACCAGGGACAAUUCGUCAGUGUUGAGCGCGACAAGGUACUUGGCAAGACGGCACUACGAACCAUCAACAUUGUUAAGCCGACCCGAGAUCUACGCACUCGACUCCUUGCUGCCUCUAGUGGUAUGAAUGACGCAGAGAGCAGAGAGCUCAAUCACUUCAUCGACCUGUUGGAUCAUUGUCUGGCCCUGAAUCCUGACAAGAGGCUCAAGCCGGCGGACGCCCUCAAGCAUCCCUUCUUCGUCACUCGCUCUGGAGCACCACGGCGGUAG